CUCCAGUUGUUGUUGUUAUGCAAGUCAGUCUGUGGUAUAUAAAGCCUGACUUGGGGGUGAAGCACCACAGGACCUCUGAGAAGCAUCUCAUCCACCUUUUUCUUUUGAAGAUCUGCUGAAGAUUGACGCAGGAUGCUGAGGAUAGCUGUGGUUCUCUCUAUCCUGGCCGUGUGCUUGGCACAGGACUGUCAGGUAGCCAACAUCAAAGUCAAGGAGAACCUUGAUAGAACCAGGUACGCAGGGACCUGGUAUGCUGUGGCCAAGAAAGACCCGGUUGGUCUGUUCCUUCUGGACAACGUGGUCGCCCAGUACAAAUUGGAGGAUGGAGGGAAGAUGACAGCGUCUGCCCAUGGCAGGGUCAUUAUUCUGAACAACUGGGAGAUGUGCGCAAACAUGUUUGCCACCUUCGAGGACACUCCUGAUCCCUCCAAGUUCAAGAUGAGAUACUGGGGCGCUGCCUCUUACCUGCAGACUGGAUACGAUGACCACUGGGUGAUCGACACCGACUACGACAACUACGCAAUCCAUUACUCCUGCAGAGAGAUUGAUACUGACGGCACCUGUCUGGACGGCUACUCCUUCAUCUUCUCACGCCACCCCACUGGCCUGAGGCCAGAGGACCAGCGCAUCGUCACCCAGAGGAAACAGGAACUCUGCCUCCUGGGAAAAUACAGACGCGUCCCACACACUGGUUUCUGUGAGAGCAGUUAAUCUGGCAAACAGAACGUGAUGCAUCAUGGGCAUAGUGCUCAACUACACAACAUGAUAAUUACACUGUAAAUAAGUACAGAACAAUGUUUUUCAACCCACCAAACGUUACUGAUCUGGACCCUUCCAUGAGAAGCAAAGGACUCCAUGUAGCAAUGAUCAGAUCAGAGAUGCUUGAUGGAAGUCACAGACAUAAACAGACCAAAGCAAUAUAACUGAAUGUAAAGCCUUGUACUGUGAUUCAUGACUAUUUGAACCACUUUUUGAAAUAAAAUAUUCAUACAGUACAGGUUGA